GAGGCUCUCGCGCAAGUAAAAGUUGGAUGCUUCGGCGGCAGCAUCCGCGUUUGAGAUAUCAGUGGUGGCAACGAUGAGCGAGCGAAAGGGCCGCCGAGGAUCCUCGUCGGCAACGUGCUGGCCACCGUCUUCCUCGUAGACACAGACACAGCAGGUGCACGCAAAGUAAAGGUGCGGUGACAAGUAAAAAUGGAGAGUUCAGAAAUAACAUUUCUUUUUCAAUUUGGCUUAACAAGGGAUACUGUUACUGUACAAUCCGGAAGUCUUACACUAAAGUCAUUAAAAGAGCUAGCUUGUGAUUUCAUUAACACUAAGUGUUUUGAUCAUGGUUUGAGUCAACUCUUUGACAGAUUGUUACUUUUCAAACAUGAUUACAAUUCAAUCAAUAUUUUGCAACUCAUCACAAACACAACUGAAAUCAUAGAUGAGACUUUGGUUGAAAUUGUAUUGUCAGCUCAAGUACCAAGUGAACAGAUACCCAUUAGGCCACAUGCCUUAGCUGUCCACUCGUAUAAAGCUCCUACAUUUUGUGACUUUUGUGGUGAAAUGUUGUUUGGCCUUGUUAGACAAGGGUUGAAGUGUGAAGGAUGUGGUAUGAACUUUCACAAGAGAUGUGUAGUGAAAGCUCCUAAUAAUUGUUCACAAGAUAUGAGUCAAAGACGUCGUAGUUCGACAUUUUUAAAUGUUCCGAGAUCUCCUAGCCAAGGAUCAACCAGCAGCUUAGCCAGUGCUAGUGAUGACAACCACAGUGCUACAGUCACGCCCAGUUCCAGCCAAAACAAUAGUACUUUGGCCAUUCCAAGCAUUAUAACUCCAAAACAAUCUCGUUCACCCUCUCUCGGCGGUCGCCCGGUGUGGGUCGAGCGAGAAUUAGCAGCUCGUGUAAAAAUUCCUCACACUUUUGUAGUGCACACUUACACGCGACCCACGGUAUGCGGAUACUGUAAAAAAUUAUUGAGAGGCUUGUUUAAGCAAGGUUUGCAAUGUAAGGAUUGCCAAUACAACGCGCACAAAAAGUGCAUUGAAAAAAUUCCUAAAGACUGCACAGGAGAAAAUCCAUUAGAUGUUGGAGGGAGUGAAUAUCCUGAUAGUGGAGUAGGUAGUGAACCAGAAGGAAGAUGUGAUGGUAGGAACGAGGAAGGAGAUAGCGACAAGUUUGCCGAUAAUGAUAAUGACCAUGACAAUGAAAAUGAUAAUGACAAUGACAGCGAUUCAGAAUCGCCACCAUCAGCUACGCAGAUACCAUUUGCAUCCGAUGAAGAUAAACAGAAUGGCGACUCCGACAAUACGCCCACACGAGAUGUGCCUUCUGAUGACUCAGAUAAAUUAAGAGGAGCUAGUUCGACGCCGAGUAACAACAUUCCUUUAAUGAGAAUCGUACAAAGCGUGAAACAUACGAAAAAACGCGGAUCCAAAGUAUUAAAAGAAGGGUGGAUGGUGCACUUUACAAAUCGCGAUCCAUCAAGAAAACGACAUUAUUGGAGACUGGAUUCAAAAGCAAUAACUUUAUUCCAAAGCGAUACCGGUUCCAAGUAUUACAAAGAAAUACCGUUAUCUGAAAUUUUAGCAAUUGAAAGCGCUAGAACACCACAUGCACAAGCAAUGCACUGCUUCGAACUGAGAACGGCUAACGUUGAUUAUUAUGUCGGCGAAGAUUUAAUGUACGGCAGUGAACGAAAACAACUUCCGCCCCCAGAAAGUGGCGUUGGGGCUCAUCUAGCCAGAUCUUGGGAAACGAGCAUUCGGCAAGCUUUAUUACCUGUAACCAGUGGUUCAAAACAAGACGGUGAACCGACAGAACCAGAAGAGAAUGUAGUCGAUAUGUCACAGCUUUAUCAAAUUUUUCCCGAUGAAGUCUUAGGAUCGGGUCAAUUUGGUAUAGUUUACGGUGGGAUUCAUCGUAAAACUUCAAGACAAGUCGCUAUCAAAGUCAUAGACAAACUACGCUUCCCAACCAAACAAGAAGCCCAACUAAAAAACGAAGUAGCUAUCUUGCAAAACCUUUCGCAUCAGGGUGUUGUCAAUCUGGAAAGAAUGUUUGAAACUCCAGAACGAAUUUUUGUUGUGAUGGAAAAAUUGAAGGGCGAUAUGUUGGAAAUGAUUCUGAGCUCAGAAAAGGGACGACUAAGCGAGCGAAUAACGAAAUUUUUGAUCACGCAAAUCCUCAUCGCGUUGAAGCAUUUGCAUAGUAAAAAUAUCGUUCAUUGUGAUCUAAAACCGGAAAAUGUUUUACUAAGUAGCAACAGCGAUUUCACCCAAGUGAAAUUAUGCGACUUUGGUUUUGCGAGAAUCAUAGGAGAAAAAAGCUUUCGAAGAAGCGUGGUUGGUACUCCAGCGUAUCUAGCACCUGAAGUGUUGCGAAAUAAAGGCUACAAUCGCUCAUUGGAUAUGUGGAGUGUUGGAGUUAUUAUAUACGUAUCAUUGAGUGGAACUUUCCCGUUUAACGAGGAUGAAGAUAUCAAUGAACAAAUUCAAAAUGCUGCUUUCAUGUAUCCCCCGAAUCCAUGGAGAGAAAUUUCAUCCGAUGCUAUCGAUUUGAUAAACAAUUUGCUGCAAGUCAAACAACGAAAGCGAUUUUCCGUUGACAAAAGUUUACUCCAUAUCUGGUUACAAGAUUAUCAAACGUGGUGCGACUUACGAGAAUUGGAAACUCAAAUAGGUUGCCGCUAUUUGACUCACGAGAGCGACGACGCGCGCUGGCAGGGUUACGUCAACAGUGCCUCCGACAACGCAUGACACAUUUCACCCCAAAUCUCAUCAUCGGACACUCGCAGCCUCGAGACUUCUUCAGCGCCACUCUCCAAGAGUUGGUUACGUACUGCUCGCGAUAUAUUUCGUCGUUUCGUUCACGUGUGAGCGUGAACGAAUUUUUUAUUAACGAAUGUUAUUUGUCUAUUCGGGCAGCUAAACUUCUCAUUUUCUUUUAACAGAUAACAAUACGAUCUCGUUGUGCUUUAGCGUUCUCUUCCAGUGCUUUUAAGAAAUGUUUUUUUUAAUUUUGGACGCUUUUAUAUCGAGCUGCUUAUGGAUAAGCGGAUAGGAAAAACAAGUAUUUAGCUAAAUCUUGCGAAUGCACAAGCUUAUAUGCUUACAUGCUUUUAAUGGCAUUUAUUAAGGAAUUUCAAUAAUGUUAGUUAAUUACCAUUCGCGAUAUGGUAUAUGAUAAUGUAUGGGAUGAUGGAUAAUUCGUAAAGGUAAAGGUUUUUUAAAUGUAGGGAUCAUGACAUAACGUUCAUUGUAUUUGGCAAAAAUUUUAUAUUCAUUUAUAUACUUGGAUAUUGAUGUAUCUUUAAAUUUUUCUAUAAUAGAUGUAAAUGAAUAUCAAUUUCGUAGUGAAAAAUUAAAUGACGAUUUUAUUUUCAUUACUGAUUACAAAGAUGGUGCCACAGUUGUUUAUUUGCCGUGAUAACUCAAUGAAAACAAAUCAUUUUAAUGAACACAAGUUAUUUAAAUCAUUUUCAUGCAUUUUUCUAAAUUAACGAAGAAAAAUGCAACAAUUUAAAUUUGUAGUUUAAAAAAUCAAAUGUAGUAAGGAAGUCUAUUAUGAAUUUUAUAAUUCGGUACUGAUACUUUUUAUACAGUUUAAAAUAAUAAUAAAAUAUUUAUGACUGUUUAUAGUGAUUAGUACCAAGCGAAUAUUACAUAAAACACCUAGCGAGAUGGUAAUUGGUAAUUCAGGCAAGUGUCUUUAUGUAGAAGUAUGUGUAAUUUUUUAAACAGUUACAUUUAGAUUUCUCAAAAUAUAAAAUUUCGUUAAAUUCAAGUAUUGUGAAAUUAAUAUUACGUCCAAUUUGCAAUUUCGGUUAUAUGUUUUAUUUUAUUUUAGCUUACAAUAUUCUAGUGGUAUUAACCAUUAGUCUACAGAAGAGGAAUUUUGUCUGCUUUGUAGGAAUUGUAUACAAGUAUAACCUGUAAAAUAUUAAACAUUCCAAUAACACAAAGAACAUUCCAUUAAGAAUUUGGGUGUAACUGUUAUUUUAUAUACAUACUUCCAUAAAGUAUCUAAAAUUGUCACAAGUUUAUAUUGAUGGCUGUAUCAUGUCUUGCUGGAAAUAUUUUUAUAAUCAAUUUAAUCGAAAUUAUGCAGUAAUUGACUUUAAGGUCAAUAUAUAUUGUUACGUAAUUAUAUAAUAUAAUCAAUGACUGUACGUGCCAAAAAUAAAAUUCAAAAUUAAUAAUUCAAAAAUAAUAACAAACCAUGAUAACGCGAAAAUAUCUCAACUAUCACGAUGAGCGCUAUAAUUAUACAUUGUAUAUAUAUCUUUUAUAAAUGCUGAGGAGUAUAAUAAUAUGUCGAAUGAGUAAUAUUCUAAUUUGUAAUUGGUGUUUGUACCAGAAAAGAAACCCAAUGUUCUUGUGUGAUAAGUGUUUCAAUACUAUAUUGUAAAUUGUUAAAUUAAAAAAGAAAACAAGCUUUUAAAAUAGCAAAAAAUAUGAUUCAGUACAGGUUGUAAGCGAUGAUAUAUAUUUUAUUUCAAUUUUUAGACGCACUUUAUAAAAGCCGGAAUAUUAAUGAUUAACGAAUAUAUUAUUAAUAUGUACAUAGAAAUAAGGAAUGGUAGCUUUAUUUCUAACGAAGAAAGGAAUAGCUAUAGCAUCCUUCAAUAUAAUUAAAUUAAAAAUAUUUUUCAAAUUUUCAUUAUCAUUUAUAACACUACUUCUUUUUAAUGAACCAUAGCACAAAUGAUUUAUUUUGAACUGAGAAUUAUAUUUUAUUCUAUUCGAGUAUGUUAAGUUUUUAAAGAAAUUCAUCCAUAUAAUUUUAUGAAGCAACUAGAACAAAAUCUUAAUCUUUGAAAUAUUGUAAAAAGCUUAUAUACUCUGAAUAUUCAAAUUUUCAUGACAAAUACUGUAAUACACUGAAAUUUUUUGACUCAGAUAGAGGAAAUAAGAUUCAACGAUCCCUUUUUAAUUAUCUCAAUAUUGAUCAACUUUAUUUAUUAUUUUACUUGUAUUAUAUUUUUCAUAUCAUGGAAAACUAUAAUUUAUAAUAAGUUUAUAUUGUUAUAAGACUUUAAUCUUAAAUUUUAUUUAUAUUUGUAUCAUUAUACACAUAUCCAUAUGCAUACCACGGGUGAAUAACAUUAUUUCACAAUAAAUAUGUUUAUAAUAAAUUUUUUAUUUUUUUUAUACCUACAAGGGGUACUUUGUACGUCAAAUAUUUAAACUUGCAAAAAAGGUAAAAUAAUUUUAUUUUGGGUAUCUUUUAAGAAAACUAUAUAAUUUUAGAUUCCGAAAAUAGCAUUAAUAAACGUAAUUCAUAUGCUAUUAUCAUCACUCUUUCCGGCGAAUCGCGUGAAAUUGAAGAGUAACUAAAUAUAUCUUCUUCUCGCGUGAGAAGAAGAUAUAUUUAGUCAUAUCAUAAUCCAUAUUUUAUUGACUGUUAUGACAUCGGUUUUGAACGGCAUUUCAUGAAAAACUAUCGUAAUCAAUAAAUGUAUUAGAAUAUAUAUUGCGAAAUACUCAUUUACUAAUUUAGUAUUUACUAGAUACAUUUUGUAGAAGCUGCAGUUUUCAACAGUACACGAAUAGAAAUAAUUAACACAAAAUAAAAAUUGAUAUUAAUAUAUAGUUGAUAUACUAUUAUAAUAAUGCACAAUUAACUGUUUUAAUAUAAAUGAAUAUUUUAUCGAAAACUAUUUUUAAGGAAUGCUUUAUAAAAAAAAUUAUACAAAUGGUUGAUCAAUCAAUUAAAUAAAAUAGCCAAUAAAUAAUUUUAUCAAAUUUACCGAAAAAGUUGUAGUUUCAAAGCGAAAUAAUGGGAAAUCACGUACAACUAAGUUAAUAGUAUCCGUAUGGGAUAUCCGGGUACAAAAAAAUAAACUAUUAUUCUUCACAAAACAUGGCCUAACUAGAUAGAUUAAUGAACGAAUUUCAAUGUAAUAUUGCAUUAAAAUAUUUAAGAGAGCGUGUGAAUUAGGUAGGAUUGUCAAAUAUACAAUCGACGUGUUACAGAAUAUAAGAUGUUUACAGACUUUGACAUCGAAUCAAAUUAUGUUAUAAUAUGUCAUUCCCGCUUGCAACUUUAACAGUAUUACAUUUAAGAUUGUUCAACAUAUUAUAAACGCAGAACAAAUGACAUGUAUCUUGUCUUCCUAAUGGAAGAAGGAAUUCCAAUAAAAAAAAUUUUUUACUCUCAAAAAAAUUAAUUACACAGAAAUCAUUGUUCAGUCAUACAAAUCAUGGAAUAGAUAAUUUCAGACCUCCAGUAU